AAUCCCACCAGUGCCUUUUCGCUAAAACAAAACACAUAUAUAAAAGCCUCUCUCUCUCUCGCUCUAACACUCUCUCAGUCGAAUCCAAAAUUCCAUGGCUUGGCGCCUAGUCCUGUCCAGAACCAACACCAAAACCCAGACUCUAAAUCCCAACUCAAACCCAUUCCUCUCACUCUUCUUCACCUCCCCAUUCUCCACUUCCUUUCUCGUCACCAAAACCCCCAAAAAGUUCAAGAAAAAACGCAAGCGAAACAAAGAAUCCCCACGCACAAAACACGUCCAAUCCAACCCAAACCUAAUCCCCCACUUCGAGCGCAUCGUCCAGCGCGACUCCCACUUCCGAUUCGCCACCAAAUCCAAGACCUUCCUCUCCUCCCAACCCGAACACGUCCUCCGCCUCGACGACGCCGGCAAGCUCCACCGCGAGCUCGGCUUCCCUCGCGGCCGCAAGGUCUCCCGCUCCAUCCUCCGCCACCCUCUGCUCUUCCAAACCUACCGCCACACCGACUCCAAGAUGUGGUUCGGGUUCACCGACUUAAUGGAAGACUUGCUCUUAGAAGAGCAAGCCAUUUUCAAUUCCAUGGAGUCCCAGCGUGUCGCCACGGUUCGGAAAUUGCUCAUGAUGUCUGUUAAUAAGCGCAUUGCUUUGAGCAAAAUUCACCAUUGUAGGCAGAUUUUCGGGAUUCCUGAAGAUUUUCGUGACCGGGUUUUGAAGUACCCGGAUUUUUUUCGGGUUGUGGUUGAGGGAGAUGGGAGGAGAGUGCUUGAAUUGGUGAAUUGGGAUCCUUCUUUAGCUGUGAGUGCAUUGGAGAUGGAGUUUAUGGUUGAUGAGGAUAAGGCUAAGAGGGCAUUUAAGUUUCCAGUGAAACAUGGGAAGGAUUUGGAUUUGGAUUUCGAGGAUUCCCGGAAGCUUAACUUGUUGAACACGCUUCCGUUGGUUUCGCCUUAUUCCGGGGAUGGUUCGAAGUUGGAUGUUUGGACAUUGGAGGCGGAGAAGUAUAGGGUCGGGGUUUUGCACGAGUUCUUGAGCUUGACAUUGGAGAAGAGGGCGUCUAUACAUCACAUUGUGGAGUUUAAGGAGGAGUUUAGUUUGACUAGACAUACUUAUCAGAUGCUUUUGAAGCAGCCCAGAACGUUUUAUUUGGCGGGGACCGAGAUGAACUGGGUUGUUUUCUUGAAAGAUGCUUAUGAUGAAAAUGGGGUUUUGAUCAACAAGGAUCCACAGGUGGUUUUCAAUGAGAAGCUGUGUAGGUUAGCUGAAAUGCAGGAAAUGGAGCCAGGUUUUUGCCUUUAGAAGAAAUGAACUAUAGAUAAGAGUUUAAGCUGUACGAGUGUACUUGGAUUUUGUAUCAAUCAGUCUAUUUUGGGAUUGAGAAGGUUCAUUCUUAGGUGCUUUGCUUUUACUAAUAAAGUAGCACACCAAGGAAACUCAAUGCGUUUUUGUAUUGUAGAAAUGUAAGGUAUAAAGGAUGGGUCCUUGAAAAUCUUUGUUUCCUGUUUUUGUAUCAAUCUUCUGGAAAAUUUAUGCCAUUUCUUAGUUAUAUGACUUAUAUCAAUUAAUGGAAUGCAGUAACUUAUUGUUGCUUGCGGCUGA